GAUACAAUCCCACUGCAAUCAGCUUGCGGUUUCAAGACAUAGACACUAUAACAAGUCGCUGGAAAGCUUUAUGGGCCUUGUGGUGAAUAUACGAGACCUCAGCUACAUUGUGUUACCAGAUGUCUGCAAAUGUAUUUCCCGAAAAACUUUGGCUUGAAACGCCCUUGAUUUACUCCAGCCACAUUUCAAGCAAACUUGGAUGUUCAGCAUACCUCAAACUUGAGAACUUGCAACCCUCCCAGUCUUUCAAAUUUAGGGGCCUAUCCCACUUUGCUCAGCACGCAAAGGCACAACAUGGACCAUCCGUACAUCUCUUAGCGGCUUCGGGGGGUAAUGCAGGUGUAGCUGUAGCCCUUGCAGCACAUGCCCUCGGAGUACGUUGCACCAUUUACCUCCCGGAAGGCGUCGGACGAGAAAUACACGACAUUUUAAAAAUGCAUGGCGCGAACGUCAUCGCCGCAGGGAAACGCUACUCCGAAGCUUUGCAAAAGUUGCUUGAAGACAUGAAAAAAGACUCCUCCGCCGUGUUGGUCCCCGCAUACGAUGAUCCACUGGUGUGGGAAGGGCAUAGCUCCAUGAUCACAGAGAUAAAAACGCAGCUCGCAAAGAAACCAGACGCGAUCUUUUGUAGUGUGGGUGGCGGUGGCCUUUUGGGAGGUGUCAUCCAGGGCUGCAAACAGACUGGUUGGGAAGAUGUCCCAGUUGUAGCGUUGGGAACACAUGGGGCCAACUGCUUCUACCACUCUGUCUCAUUAAACACUUGGAACUCCACUUCAGCAUCCACAGACCCAGUUGAUAUAGUCGCAGUAGCAGAGAAUGCACCUUACGACGUGGUUCUUGACCCAGAACACGACGUCACCAUCACUCAUUUGCGUGAACUUACGUCCCGUGCAUCUUCCUUGGCAGCAACAUCACCUUCAGCAGGAGUAGUCAAGUUGGCCAUAGAAAGACCUGGCGGAGUAAAAUGUGUAUGUGUUCCCGAUGAAAUGAGCAUGUGGGCUGCAAGAACUUUUGCAGAGGACCACAAGUUUCUCGUAGAGCUGGCGUGCUCGACGACGCUCACCGCCGCAUAUAAUUGCGACUUGUUCUCCCAUCUUGUGACUGAUGCCCCCACGACUGUUUCUGGAGCAUCAUCAUCUGAGUUGAAUAAGGCGAAGAGGGAGAAGACUGUCGUCUUUAUUGUCUGCGGCGGUAUCAAAGUAUCCCUCGACGAAAUGACAGAAUACCGUACACUUGAGGCUGCGAUAGAGGCCGAUAGAGAGUGGGAAGUAGCUUGUAACGGCGAGAGAAUACGCGUGAAAAAGUAGGAAGUUUUACUUAGUAGAAUUUGAUACCAAUAAAAAUACAAAUACACACAAGGAAAUUAGAUGCGCAUUCUGAUGAUGUAUAUGCAUGUACUUACCUAUAUAUAUAUCUUCAACGAACGAGAUUGGCGUAAGGUUC